GGCAGCAGCAUAUAUACACAGUUUUCCAGCUUCCAUUUUCUUGUGAGUCCAUAUUUCGCUCUUCACUCCAAACACAUGAAGCUCUCUAGAAGCCUCACCCAACCCAUUUCCCCGCUCCCUACCAUCAGCUUCUUCACUCCACAUCCCUCUUUCCGUCCCCGUCUCCGCCCACUCCCGCCGUCUCGCACCACCGCCUACCGCCUCCAUUCACGGGUUUUGUGUUUUAAUAAUAACCCGUUGCUUAAAGCAAAAGCAUCGAAAGAAACCUCGGACGGGGAGGCAGCAUUGGAAGAAGUUGCAGCGGUUGAAAAGAAUGUGUACGAUGAAAAGCUGACAGUGGAAAAACUUAAAGAAGAGCCUUUGGCGUUUCAGUUUUCAGAGAAACUUAAUAUAAAGCUUGACCCUGAGGAUGCAUAUUCAAUUACCUUAUAUGGAAGUGCUACUGUGGUUGCUUUAUGGCUAGCUUCAGCUCUUGUGGGUGCUGUUGAUUCAAUUCCAUUGAAAAACAGGGAGGAGUUGGCUGCUCAAAUUCAAGACCUUAAGCAACGGCUUGUUGGCUUAAAUGAUGAGCUUAGAGAUCGUAUUUCGUCUGGGUCUAAUUUGGACUUUUAAGUUCAGUUUU